UUCUAAUCUAUAUAUUUUCACCACCUCUUCCCAUCUUUCAUCCCCAUCUCAUUAACGACAACCCCAUUGGAAGAAUCCUGAGACCAAGUUCAAAGCAAAAAAACAAAUGUCUCUGGUGACAGAAGAGAUCAAAGCCAAAGCAGAGAUCUACCAUGGAGAUGAAAUCUGUCAGGAGAAAACAAAGUUCCUACUGAAAGAGGUGGGCCUGCCCAAUGGGCUCCUUCCAUUGGAAGACAUUUUGGAGUGUGGGCAUGUCAAGGAGACUGGGUUUGUUUGGCUGAAGCAGAAGAAGAAGAAGGAUCACAAGUUUGACAAGAUUGGGAAGCUGGUGUCCUAUGCAACCGAGGUCACUGCUGUUGUGGAGCCUAACAAGAUCAAGAAGCUCACAGGUGUUAAGGCCAAGGAGUUGUUGCUUUGGCUCACCCUCAGUGACAUCUAUGUCAACGACCCGCCCACCGAGAAAAUCACAUUCAAGACUCCGGUGGGGCUUUCGAGGGAUUUUCCGGUGGCGGCUUUCGAGGUGGAGGAGCCACCAUCUAAGGAGGCGAAGGAGGUGGUGAAGGAGGCUAAUGGUCUAUUCAAGGUUGCUGAGCCCCAGGAAGUGAAGGAGGUCUAAAUAUUGACGUUAAACAAACAGAGGUCUCUAUUAGUAUUAUUCUGGAUCAAGAAACAGAGAGAGGUCCUCUUCUAAUUAGAAACUUUGGUUUUGAGUGUUGGAAACUUGUUUAACCAAAAAAAGGAGGAUUGGAAAGUUGUUUAAGUGGUUACAUGGGCCCAUUUGGCUGUGGUCCAAUGGUCAUGUCCUCUGUUUUUAAGUGCUGAUUAUAAUAAGAGUUUAAAAUAGAGCUUAUGCUUUGGGAAAUCAUCAAA